AUGGCCGCCGUCUCGUCUCUCCGCUGUCCAUCGUCUCAGACCUUCAUCAUCUUCCUCUUCUUCCUUUCAGGCGGACAUGUGUCCUGUUUCCAGGUGCCCGAGGGGGGCGUGGCCUCCCUGUCCUGUCAGUACUCGGUGAAGCGAUGGGGUCUGAGCCGGGCCUGCUGGGGUCGCGGCUGUGGAACCUUCUGGUGCAGAGACGUCCUGGUGCAGACGGACGAGACGGGCGUGGUCUCUCAGGUGGAGGACCGCUACCGGCUGAUGGGGGACAUCCUGGACGGACAGAUGGACCUGGACAUCGAGAACGUGCGGCGGACCGACAGCGGGCCGUACUGCUGCAGGGUGGACAUCCACGGGAUCUUCAACGACAAGAAGGUGAUCAUGAACCUGAGAGUAGUGGAAGCUCCGGUUCCAACAUCUCCUGCAACCACCACGGGGACAGACCCGGUCUCCACAGUGAACUGGAAAACUCUGCUCUCGACUCAGCUGGAGCUUCUGAGGAGGAACUCCACGCUGCUGCGCCCCGGCCCUGUGGAGGACUCUCUACCCUCUCUCUCUCUUCACAUUAAUGUGACCGUGCUCUCUCUCUCCCUCACUGUGCUGUUGACCUUGGCCUCAGUGUUCCUCUUCCUGGCCUUCAGACGUGGAGUUCACAGCAGAGCCUUACCGACCGGCUGUUUCUCCUCUGAAGAACCUCCUCACAUCAUUUAUGAGAUCCGCAUGAGACGACCGGUCCAAGAGAACAUCUACACUCUGGACUAGAGACCCUCCAAACACAGGGGACCACCGACCACUGACCGUCUACCACUGACCACUGACCACAGACCGUCUACCACUGACCACCGACCACAGACCGUCUACCACUGACCACCGACCACAGACCGUCUACCACUGACCAACGACCGUCUACCACUGACCACUAACCACAGACCGUCUACCACUGACCACUGACCACAGACCGUCUACCACUGACCACCGACCACAGACCGUCUACCACUGACCACCGACCACAGACCGUCUACCACUGACCACUAACCACAGACCGUCUACCACUAACCACCGACCACAGACCGUCUACCACUGACCACUAACCACAGACCGUCUACCACUGACCACUGACCACAGACCGUCUACCACUGACCACCGACCACAGACCGUCUACCACUGACCAACGACCGUCUACCACUGACCAACGACCGUCUACCACUGACCACCGACCACAGACCGUCUACCACUGACCACUAACCACAGACCGUCUACCACUGACCACUGACCACAGACCGUCUACCACUGACCACUAACCACAGACUGUCUACCACUGACCACUAACCACAGACCGUCUACCACUGACCACUAACCACAGACCGUCUACCACUGACCACUGACCACAGACCGUCUACCACUGACCACCGACCACAGACCGUCUACCACUGACCAACGACCGUCUACCACUGACCAACGACCGUCUACCACUGACCACCGACCACAGACCGUCUACCACUGACCACUAACCACAGACCGUCUACCACUGACCACUGACCACAGACCGUCUACCACUGACCACUGACCACAGACCGUCUACCACUGACCACUAACCACAGACCGUCUACCACUGACCACUAACCACAGACCGUCUACCACUGACCACUAACCACAGACCGUCUACCACUGACCACUGACCACAGACCGUCUACCACUGACCACUAACCACAGACUGUCUACCACUGACCACUAACCACAGACUGUCUACCACUGACCACUAACCACAGACCGUCUACCACUGACCACCGACCACAGACCGUCUACGUCUGACCACCGACCACAGACCGUCUACCACUGACCACCGACCACAGACCGUCUACGUCUGACCACCGACCACAGAAGAGAACGUUGGACAAUAAGUUGGACAAAGCUGUGUGUGUGUGUGUGUGUGUGUGUGUGUGUGUGUGUGUGUGUGUGUGUGUGAACAUAUAACUCAUCAACGCACUGUAGGAGUCCUACAAUCCGAAGCUCUCAUUGGUCAGAAACAUUCCCCAUCACAUGAUGUCAUGAAGAAUUCAGAAAAUGACGUCAUGCACAGUUCAACGACCUGUGGACCCUGUCGGACGAAAGACGUGACCUGAAAUUUACAUGGAAAAUAGUUUCUAAUGGAAGAAUGACAACAAUUCAUUAGGACAUUAAAGAUCUGACGGACACUGUACCUCCCUUGUCAAUUGACAACUGUUGCAAAUGUCUUGUUGAAAUGAAAAGGUGGACAUGACACUGUCACGUCUCUGUGUAAAGAUGUUUCACUCAUAACUGCACUAAGGACUCCUAUUAAUGAGGUCAUACAGUAAACAUUGAUUUUUGUGAUGGAAGUUUUCACUGAGGUCUCAAACAAAUCAUAA